CCAACCCUGAAGGAUGGCUGCCAUUUUGGGGGAUGCUGUCAUGGUGGCCAAAGGCCUUGCCAAGCUGACCCAGGCGGCCGUGGAAACCCACCUGCAGUACCUGGGCAUUGGAGGAGAGCUCAUCGUGGCAGCCAGGGCCCUGCAGUCCACAGCUGUGGAGCAGAUCGGCAUGGUCUUGGGCAGGGUGCAGGGUCAGGAUAAACGUGAAGAGCCUUUUGCUGAGAACUUCGACGACCUGGAAGCAGAGUUACACUUGUCAGACCCACAGGCAGCUGGAACCUCUGCAGACUCCUCUGCAGCCUCCACUCCCGACCAGUUGUCGCCUCCGCCCCUGGGCCAUGUCCACAGCGAGGGCCCGGCUCUUGCCUUUGUGGCCAGUGGACCCUUUAGGGAAGCCGGGCUCCCAGGCCAGGCCGCCUCCCCUCUGGGCCGGGUCAAUGGGAGGCUCUUUGCAAAUCCUAGAGACUCAUUUUCUUCCAUGGGCUUCCAGCAAAGGUUCUUCCACCAGGACCAGUCCUCCAUGGGGGGCCUCACGGCUGAGGACAUCGAGAAAGCCCGGCAGGCCAAGGCUCGCCCUGAGAGCAAGCCACACAAGCAGAUGCUCAGUGAGCAGGCUCGGGAGCGGAAGGUGCCAGUUACACGGAUUGGGCGACUGGCUAACUUUGGAGGUCUGGCUGUGGGUCUGGGCUUUGGGGCACUAGCCGAGGUCGCCAAGAAGAGCCUUCGCUCCGAGGACCCCUCAGGUGAGCUGGGCCUUCAGGUCACCCGCACCGUUGGUGUUUGCCACUGGCCAGCUGGCUGCAGUGGACAGAGGGGAGAGGCAGACAGGUGCCUACUGGCGGUUGCCGUUCUUGACCCUGAGCUCCUGCCCCCGAGAAGGGGACACUUACGCAGCCACUCGGCCCAGCACGGCAAAUGCACACCCAGCCCAGGGGUGCAGAGGACCUUCGUUCUGUACACUGGAUGGGGGGUGCAGGGGAAAGACUUUGCACCUCCUCACCUGGAGCGCUGCCGACUGGGCCCCUCCCUUCCAGUUCUGCCCCCACCACCGGCUGAAGUGCGCUUUCAAGGCGCUCUUUCAGUCUCAGGUCCCCAGGGACUGAUGCAGAGGGGAGAGGCCCUGUUGCCGGAAGUCAGGCUGUGCAAGGUUGGUGGGGUGGCCACUCUGCUUCUUGCCCAUGCGCCUUCCUCCUGCAUGGUGACCCUCUGCCCUCCGAUGACGGUGUCCUGCCUUCCAGAUGACGCGUUCAUCAACCCGCAUCUGGCCAAGAUCUUUGAGCGGGUGAGGCAGAGUGCUGACUUCAUGCCGUUGAAGCAGAUGAUGAAAACCCUCAACAACGACCUGGGCCCCAACUGGCGGGACAAGCUGGAGUACUUUGAGGAGCGCCCCUUUGCAGCUGCUUCCAUCGGGCAGGUGCACCUGGCCCGCAUGAAGGGUGGCCGUGAGGUGGCUAUGAAGAUCCAGUACCCUGGCGUGGCCCAGAGCAUCAACAGUGACGUCAACAACCUCAUGACUGUGCUGAACAUGAGCAACAUGCUUCCGGAAGGCCUGUUCCCUGAGCACCUGAUCGAUGUGCUGAGGCGGGAGCUGGCCCUUGAGUGUGAUUACCAGCGGGAGGCUGCCUGUGCCAAGAGGUUCAGGGAGCUGCUGAAGGACCACCCCUUCUUCUACGUGCCCGAGAUUGUGGACGAGCUCUGCAGCCCACACGUGCUGACCACGGAGCUGGUGUCCGGCUUCCCCCUGGACCAGGCCGAAGGGCUGAGCCAGGAGAUUCGGAAUGAGAUCUGCUACAACAUCCUGGUCCUGUGCCUGAGGGAGCUGUUCGAGUUCCACUUCAUGCAGACAGACCCCAACUGGUCCAACUUCUUUUAUGACCCUCAGCAGCACAAGGUGGCUCUUUUGGACUUUGGGGCCACGCGGGAGUAUGACAGAUCCUUCACUGACCUCUACAUUCAGAUCAUCAGGGCCGCCGCCGACAGGGACCGGGAGACUGUGCGGACAAAAUCCAUAGAGAUGAAGUUCCUCACUGGCUACGAGGUCAAAGUCAUGGAAGAUGCCCACUUGGAUGCCAUCCUCAUCCUGGGAGAGGCCUUCGCCUCAGAUGAGCCCUUUGACUUCGGCACCCAGAGCACCACGGAGAAGAUCCACAACCUGAUUCCCGUCAUGCUGAAGCACCGUCUGGUCCCCCCACCUGAGGAGACCUACUCCCUGCACAGGAAGAUGGGGGGCUCCUUCCUCAUCUGCUCCAAGCUGAAGGCCCGCUUUGCCUGUAAGGCCAUGUUCGAGGAGGCCUAUGGCAACUACUGCCGGAGGCGGGCGGAGCAGCCAUAGCUGCAGCCCCGCCAGGCAGCUUCGCGAACGUGCCGUCCUCCACGCAGGCAGAGCCAGCAGGGAGACAGUCACCGCUGCCUGCAGACUCCUUUGCCCAGAACGAGGGCGGCUGGUUCUGACUGGGGGAGACUGCCUGCGGCCCCUGAGCGGCGCAUCACACUGUUUUCGGCGCUCAGUGGUUACAGGGUGAGACGUGCAAGAAUGAGAACGAAGGCCUGCUGCUGUGGGAACCUGCCUCUUAUGUCCUCGGAUGCAACUCUAGAUAAAGAUAAAAAGGCA